AUGGACAAUCAGGAAGGAAAUAUCAUUUAUAAUGAUAAGUCUAUUUCAGAUCCAUCAGUCAAUAUAGCACAAAUUCACCCUCUCGUUAUUUUCAAAAUCGCUGAUAUGUACUUACGCCGUGGACCAGAAGUUAAUUAUUGCGUCGGCCUUCUUUUAGGCGAAAUUCUCAACCGCGAAGCUAUUAUUCGUGAUGUUGUCCCAUUAAAACCAGGACAGGAAAAUGAAACAGAUAUUGCUUCUCUUUCAUAUCAACAACACCACAUGUUAUAUCCAAACGAAAAGAUUCUUGGCUGGUAUUCAUACUCAGAACAAAAUAUCGAGUUCCCAAGUAUCAUUGCUGAAGGAUCUAGCGGUAUCCAUGUUUGGAUGCGUCCAUAUGUCCCACCAAAAAUAGAUGUAUUUUCAGUUAACAAGAACUCAGAACUCCACCUUGUUUCUCUUCCAAUCCAAUACAAUAUUGAAGCUAAUAUUCCAGAGCAGCUUUCAUUAUCUCGUGUUGCCGAUGCAACAUCACACGGCUCACUCCAAGCUGCCAUCAACGAAUUGCGCCUUCUCCUUAAGACAACAAACGACCGUAUUAGCACUACAAACUACGAUAGAGAGCUUUGCAGAAAGGUCCAUAAGGCUAUUGCUCAAGCAGACUUGAAUCCCAGUAGCCUUAAGACACUUGCAGAUUCUAGACGUCAUAUUGAUGAUUUCAUGGGCAUUCUCGAUAAGACCAACGAGAGAAUCAAUGAUGUUCAGGAAAUUUUGAGUAUCCAGUGGAAGUAA